UGAUGAUGACCAAAAGCUUCUCCUGAAUAAAAAAAAAACAAUGGAUGAAGCAACAAUCAGACUGAGCCUUUCUUAUCUAUUUACUACAACCCACUAGCAGCACUAGUAGUCAACAGCCCAAUCUCAGCAUGCCCUCAACCCCACCACGAUCUCGCCAGCUCUUAUCAUCGCCAACAAGCCUGGCCACCACCCUCAUCAACUCAAGAGAUCAUCAUCCCCAUCAUCCAGCUAGCCUAUCCUCAUCCCCCAACGAGCAACCACCGCCAAUCCAAAUCAGCUCAGACAUGCAGCAACCAUCAUCAUCAUCAUCAUCCAACCAACCGAGCUACUCCCAACUACUCCCCCUACUAGGAGGAGCUAACCGUUCUAAUCGGUACACAUAUCUAUUUAUCUAAAUCGCCUCUUGGUAACCACCGUGGAUCCCAAAAGCUACAGGCGCUAUAACUAACUCUCAUCAAUCGUCAGCCCCGUCGUUCGAGAGCGAAAACAGAUUGUCUCCUCGACAACGCCAAAUUACCAGCGAGACAUCGUCCUGCCCGUCUGAUAACGAGAUCUCGUCCCUCUAUGGAAAGUACCGACACUCGGGCUGUUCACUCAACGAGAACUUUGAGGCGCAAGACUCUCCACAGGAUUCAGGCAACAACUCUGGAGGACAGGAUUCGUUUACUCAAGGGGAUGACGCUAAUGGACUAUCGGUACGGAAGAGCGGAGUGAUUGAUGAACUAAACUGGAUGCUCGGCGAGGCGAUUGAUUCGGCUCAGACGACCUUCGGCAAUACUGAGGAUCAGGUCUCCCCAGAAUCCCAACCACCACUAACCCACGUCAGGUCCUACUCUCCGCUCGUCAAUGGCUUGGAGUCAUUGGGCGUUGACAAAGAGAGGACACUCCAUACACCCGAAGGAAUUCAACCCGGCGAACAGUCUACAGAAGACUUGAGUGAACCUAUCACUGCCUCAAGUCUCUCGGAUUACAGUGCUGAUCCGACCGACGAUUCUCAGGCUGCUAAAAGUGAGCGCCAGCGUAGACGGGUCUACAACCUGACGGACUCAAGCUCUUGCGCCGUGAAUGAGGGACUGAAGGAGUACUCAGCCUAUGACUUGACUGCUUUAUCAAAAUCUCAGAACGACACACUACCUCAAACGCAUUCAAAACUCGAGCAACCACUCACCAAGGAAUAUGCUGAAAGCGCAAUUUCGGCUGCAGCUCAAUCAGCUUCCUCGGAAGAAGUCUUAUCGUCAUCAGCGCUUGAGGAUUCUAACGUCCAGCUCUUCCGUCGCUCGCCAUCUCAAAGACGCAACCCGUUUAUCAUUGGCACAAAACUUCAAGACUUGGUUGCUGCUCGUAAGCAGGACGCGCUCCGGGAGACGCACCAAUCAACCUCAUCUGAUCGCUCAGAAUCUGCUUUGCCAUUGACUCCUUCAGCAAUCAUCUCCACCGAGGACUUGAAUACCUCAAACCCACUCCUCAAGAGUAACUCUCAGAAAAUCGUGAAUUCAUCUGCCAAGAAGUUGGUUGAGGAGGACCAGAACCGACUUCCGAAAAGUGCAAGUCCAAACGGAAAACCACUCACGGCUCGCUCUCCAGUCGUCAAAAGAUCAUCCUCAGACAUGAACUUCCUUGAGCAAUGGCAGUGGCUUGAAGCACAACACCCAUCCAGCUCACCCCCAAAGAAAAAGCACUCGAUUCCCACAACUGAAAACAAGCCAAAUCGGAUCACGGCUCCUACUUCCCGCGAAAAAUGCAUCAAGACCUUGGAUGAUCACUUCAGGUCUACCAAUGGAUCCACCGAGCUGUCGAAAAAAAUGAAUAUUCUGUCUCAAAGACAACAAAACCUGCAACAAACUCUACAGCGUCACAACAACAUCAACAACGCCAACAAAUCCAGUCGGCCGAUCAAACCUAUCGGAGCUUGGUUCGACCGUGUCCCGACCAUCAAUACCAAAGACCUCAAGAAGGUCAAGGCGACUGCAGACCGUUGUCAGAUCUACGAAGCCAAGCUCCAGCAACUCUACUCUGCACCCAUGGGAUUGGAUCUUUGGGUCUGGCUCAAGACUUGUGGCGAGUCGCAGAACAGCUUAUUACCAGCUGGUUCUUCUUCCACGCAUACCCAGGCUCGUAAGCCAGGUUACUCUCCAUUGAUGAGCCAUCAUCAACCCCCUCUCUCCUCGCUUCCACCGCACCUCCAGCACCAACCGUCGGGCAAUUCUCAGCAAUCAGCCGCUGGUCUAGCUCAGAUGCGCGAUACCUCGAUGAGCAGUGUCGCCUCGUUUCCAUUGCGGGCUGGAAACUCGCAGAAGGCGAUCCAGAUCAGGAGGGGGAGCGAUAAUCAACUGAUGGAGAUCGGCCAUCCGGAUCCAGCGGCUCCUCGGUCGAACGGGAUGAUUGUCAACUCGCUGAUGGAAGUCAACAACCUCCCCUAUCCGAGCCUCUACCCGCACUCGGUUGGCCAACACCUUGGAAUCCAUCAAGCCCCAGUGGAGAAUUCCAACAAUAAUAACAGUAGCAGUAGUAAUCAUACCAACGGGGGGCCGACGAGCAGCAGAAUGGCUGGAGGGUCGCGUUCGCUUCUCGAGAAUAACUCCAAGAGCGGCGGCGGUGGUGGUGCCGGGGGGCGAUUCUUCAGUCAGAUCACACGACACAACAGUACCAAGAGACGCAAUCAUAGCGCCAGUGCCACCUCGUCGCCCUCGAAGAGCAAUCUGGUUAUCUCUGCUCCAUUAAUUGCUGGUCCGUCCGGCGCCCCUCGCGGGCCUCGUCCCGAACAUAGUGGUCCAUUCACCAAGAGUCCCGCGGCCGAAUUGAAGUCCUUCUUUGCCAAGGCUCAUGAGGUUGCUGUCGGCGGUCAGGCGCGUCAUUCCCCAGAACUGGAGCCUCUUCCUCCCCUCUCGCCCGCUUCCUCCCGCAACCAGCUCCGGAUGUCCUUUGCCUAUGGAUCCGCCGCCUCCAAUCGACAUCCCCCUCCUAACCUCAAUACCCUGCCUACUCAUCUCAACAACAGACUUGCUUAUCAACAGCAUCAUCAAUCCUCCGCUUCUAUCGGCACGACUACCGUCGACCCGGCCCCGAUCACCCCGCACCGACGACCUUCUCAGCUUGCUUCGGAGCCUCAUUACUUGUUCUCUAACCCGUUCCAUACGCUUCCUUCCGAUUCCGAUCCUCAUUCCUCUUCAAAGACAUUGUCUCCACCAGUCACUUCGACAACGUCGACCGAUAGGAAUCUCAACUCACUCAUCGACCUCAAACUCGAUAAACUCGUCGAUAUCUUGCCCCAGGCUGAUCGUCUCCUCUUGCGCAAAUUGCUCAUCGAUAAUCAACUCGACGAUGUCGUCACUAUCGGGAGUUAUUUGGAAUUGGUUAAGAAUCAGUCGUGAUCUUGGUUUUAACUUUCCCUGUUCAGAUCUACUUGGUCCUUAUCAUUCGAGUUUAAUUAACUCACCAACUAAUCAAUACAGAAAAACAAAACUGGGUUUUUUGUUUUUCU